AUGUCGCCACCGAAAUCGCCUGACGUGAUCCAAGAAGACUACUAUGAGCUUCUUGGUGUCGAAAAGAAGUCAAGCGAGUCUGAAAUCAAAGCUGCUUAUCGAAAAUUGGCCCUUAAGUACCAUCCAGACCGAAAUCCUGGCGAUGCGCACGCGCAAGAGCAGUUCAAAAAGAUUUCCAUAGCCUAUUCUGUCCUAAGCGAUCCCAAUAAGCGCCGACAGUACGACGUUAGCGGGCCUAGUUCUAGCCAGUUGGAUUUCGAAGGUUUCGAUGUAUCCGAACUUGGAGGUGUAGGUCGAGUUUUUGGUGCUCUUUUCAAUAAGCUAGGCGUUCCAAUUCCCACUCAGAUUGUACCAAAAGUUUUGGCCCAAGCUCGGCAGCUUUGCGAAGGAUCCGCGUGUGAUGUGGAAGCUCGACCCAUCGCACCUGGCGAGAUCAUUUCAGCCAGUAUUGCGAAACAGGAAGGCGCGUUUUAUAGUAUCGAAAUGAAAGAAGAGUACCGACAGCACGGUAUUUGCAUCGUUUGCAAGUCUUCAUCUUCAAGCAAGUUCAAGCUUGUUCUGUUUGACAAGGAAGGCGGUGUUCGAAUGAUUGAGGAAAGCCAAAAGAAAAAGUCGGCAGGUACUCAGGCGGAAAUGUUCUUUGUACCCUUUACUAUUGCAAAUCUAGGAGAAUUUGUACCUUUGAAGUUCCACAUGGAGGAUAGGGACACACCGUUGACAUUUCACUAUUUGGAUACUCUCGAAACUCAGGUUGCACAUUUACUUGAUACACGGAAGCACAUACUUUGCGUUUACGGGGAUAACUGGCUGAAUGCAGUAGAAAAAGCACUAUUGGCGAAGAAAACAGAGAUGGCGAAGUUCCAGACGGAAUACACAGAAGCUAAGAAGAAAUUCGAAGAAGCUGUUGAAAGGUUGAAGCGGGAAGACAAAGAAAUUCAAGAGAAAUUGAAAGCACGAGAAAAAGCCUAUGAAGAAGUUAUAGCCGCCAGUCAAGCAAAGUACAUAAAUCAUAACUCCUACUCUGGUGGAGGAGUGGUGAAACCGGCUUCCAAAGACGAUGUGAAUGGCUUAGAAACGUUAGGCAAGCGAAAUGUGCUAUGA